AUGCGUACAUCAAAUAAAUCAUAUCAAAUGAGAAUUUUAUCAAGUCCAUCUAUCGAUAUUGCAAUUCCACCGGUAUCAUCUAAUGAUAAUCAUUCAAAAAUGCUUGUUGAAGAAAGUAUAAAAUCACCUGUUUGUAAUAUGGAAUGUCCUAAUAAUACUUGUUUAUCAGUACAUGAUGAUGAUGAUCUCAAGCAAACAUCCGUUAGGUUUCCUAAUAAUGAAAACAAUCAACAGCAGAAAGAAAUGUUAUCUCUCGAACAACAAGAUCUUUCCAUAGAAUCUAAUGGUAAUCGUUCAACAAAAAUUGUUCCAUGUAUAACAAAAAAUGCACUAUAUAAAUCUAAUACUUUACCAUCUUCAAUCGAGAAAAUAGUAAAUGAUAAUAAACAAUAUUUUUCUUAUCCAAAAGAUUUAAUUCGUUUGCGUGUUAAAAAUAAAAAUUUAAUUUCAACAUUAUCAAAAUCUAAAAUAUCACUUUCAUCUAUCUAUCAUGUUGAUGAUUCAAUACAAUGUCAUCAAAGAAAUAUAGUCAAUGAAUUUAAAUCAAUUCUUCAACAAACAAAAAAUAUUCAUAUUAAUAAUAAUGCUUUAGAUGAUGACUUAACAACUAAUAUUUCUUCUCCAUUAAUAUUCGAUACAAAAGAAAUAUUAACUUCAAAUGAACAAAAAAUAGAGCCGAUAUUUUUCUCAAUAAAAAAUCGAAAUGAAAAUAAACCGGAAAAUCCAUCUAUUGUUUCUUCGGAUAGUCAAACAAAAUCGAUUAAAGAUAAUCCUAUGGAAAUUCAUAAAAUAAUACAAAAUCAAAAUGAAAUUAUUCGAGAAGGUGUUGAACAAUUAAUGCGUUAUCAAAAAUUAUGUGAAUCAUAUAAAUUAACAAGCAAUAAAGCAGUUAGACAAUUUCUUAUGAAAUCAACAGUUUUAUCUCCAGAAUCUCUUUAUAAAUUAUCAAUGAUUAAUGAACCAAAUUCAACACACAAAAUAAAGAGAAAAACAAAAUAG